GUUCGUCUCGCGGCCCUGGCACCCUCGCGCGCCUCUUCGCCCAAAUAUGUGAUAAAGAAGGAAUCGAUGGCUUUUGUUAUUUAGUUUUAGUUAGCUGCAGCGCCCCGGUCGCGCGCCGCUUUGUUAAGUAGUGUUUGUUUCCGUAGAUCGUAGCGGUAGUGAGUGCCCGGAUAUCCGCCAGCCCCCCGACUUGCCUAGCAGCUUGGUGGCGAUGAAGAUUCCAACGAUUCCUGGGCCCGGGUUAUUCCCGACGGGCGACUACAAAAAAGACGGCCUCUCAUUAUUCGCCAAAUUAAUUAGGACGAAAAAUGUGGAAGGAAUGGACGGCGAGAUUUCGCUCAAAAUUAGGACUGAAAUCAAAUCGGAUAAAAAACUUAAAUUGAAGAAAUGUCUAACAACGUUAGAUUUAACUUCACUCGGUGUCGGCAGUUGUGUUGGCACAGGAAUGUAUUUAGUUUCUGGAAUGGUCGCAAGAAAUUACGCCGGUCCAGGUGUAAUAGUUUCGUUUUUUAUAGCAGCCUUGGCUUCCAUAUUUUCAGGUGCUUGUUACGCUGAGUUCGGGGUACGAGUUCCGCACACAACAGGCUCGGCAUAUAUGUAUAGUUAUGUAACUGUAGGUGAAUUCAUUGCAUUCGUAAUUGGUUGGAAUAUGAUAUUAGAGUAUUUAAUUGGAACCUCAGCAUGUGCCUGUGCUUUGAGCGCUUGUUUUGACGCCCUCACGAGUGGCGCCAUUAGUAAAACGGUAGCCAGUGUAACGGGAACCAUAUUCGGUCGCCCUCCCGACUUCCUAGCUAGUAUAAUAACAGUCUUGAUGACAAUUUUAAUAGCCGCUGGUGUAAAAAAAUCACUAGUUUUUAAUAAUGUUCUAAAUGCAAUCAAUUUAGCCGCGUGGGUCUUCAUAAUGAGCGCAGGCCUCUUUUACGUCAAUACGGACAACUGGUCCCAGCACAAAGGAUUCCUUCCCUACGGUUGGUCCGGGGUAUUCACAGGCGCGGCGACGUGCUUUUAUGCAUUCAUAGGGUUUGACAUAAUCGCAACGACGGGCGAGGAGGCGAACAACCCUAAGAAAUCCAUUCCUUUAGCAAUAGUUAGCAGUUUAGUAAUAAUUCUCAUGGCCUACGUCACCUCAUCUAUGAUGCUCACACUAAUAGUUCCCUACGAAGAGGUGGAUCAGGACUCAGGGCUGGUCGAGAUGUUCGGUCAAGUGGGGGCGUACAAGUGCCAAUAUAUCGUCGCCAUCGGGGCGCUCGCCGGGCUCACGGUCAGCAUGUUCGGCUCCAUGUUCCCCAUGCCCAGAGUAGUCUACGCCAUGGCUCAGGAUGGCCUCAUUUUCAGGUCUCUGGGUCAAGUUUUGCCUUUCACCGGCACUCCGGUCUUCGCCACGUUUUGUAGUGGUGCCGCGGCCGCCAUUGCCGCCCUUCUUAUUAAACUCGAAGUUCUUGUUGAAAUGAUGUCUAUAGGUACUUUACUUGCAUAUACUUUAGUCUCAACAUGUGUCCUCAUCUUGAGGUAUCAACCGCACACCACGAACCUCAUGGACCUUUUACCAGAGUCUCUCAGGACGCCUCUGAACAGGUCGCCUUCAAAAGAAAAUGUUGGCAACGGCCAGGCGGGAAAAUAUGGCACAACUCUGCCAGCAGAUAAUAUGAAAACGAGUUACAGCGGUGUCAUAUCGCAGCAGCCUCCAGUCACAACGCUGAAUAACCAGCAACAUCGAGUGAUGGUGCGCAAAGUUACCAGAAGAUCCGGAAGUAGUUCGCCCGAUUCGGACGACACGUAUGCGGGGGAGGAAUCUGAAGACCUCUCCAUGCGCGACGACCAGUUCCUGGUUUCAGAUAGAAACGAGAACAAGUUCUACGGAUCCGUUCACGCUGGUUCAACCCAAGCCAGCGCGGGAAUCAAACCUCGCUUCAGCUAUAUCAGUCAUCGGCUUCAGGCGGCGACGUACUUGUGCCCGGCGAUCUUUCCAUGGGUGGACACGGGCCCGGCUACCGAGGAGAGUGGCAUGAUGGUGAUGAAGUACGUGUUGCUCCUAUACAUCCUCAUUAUCCUCUUCGAUCUACUCAUCGUUUGUGCCAUGGACUCCAUGGGGACUUUCCUCAAACUUGUACUCUACAUCCUGUUCGCCUCCAUCAUAGCCGUUUUGGCUCUCAUCUCGAGAAAACCGCAGAACAGGAAAGCGCUACUCUUCAUGACUCCGUGCGUCCCUUUUGUUCCUGGGAUUGCAGUGGCGGUCAACAUAUACCUCAUCUUCAAACUCUCCGUUCUGACCCUUGUUCGAUUCACGGUCUGGAUGACGAUAGGCUUUGGCGUGUACUUCUACUACGGCAUAAAGCACAGCUCCUUGGAGCACGAACCGGACGAUGAGGACGGGCUCAGAGGGGCGGAAGGCGGUCAGCAGAAUAUCGAAAUGAAGCCGCCUCUGAGCAAGGCGACGAGCCCCGCCCGGCAACCGGUUUCGGCGCCCCACAAGCAGGAGGUGAAACCCGAGCCGCCCGCCAGGCCGCCCACCUCCAGGGCGCCACCGCUCAGCCAACGAUCCGAGAGCCUCUUCGUCCCACCCACGGAAUUCCCGACGUGGGACGACUAAAGCUCUUCACGCACUUCUCGCAAUUAAGCUCAGGAUACACAUUUCGUUGGGGGCUGGCAAGAGAGCGUUGCCCCCACCCCUCCCUGAGAGAUACAUCUUCACAAAGAGCCUCCUAAAAAGUUGCCCCUUUUUUCCGGAAACACUAUAGAUAUAUUCGUUAAAUCGUCGCUUGGCUCAUAAAAGGGCGUAACUACAAUUGGACGUAUUUCUACCAAACG